ACAGAGCCAAGAGAGAGAGACAGACGUUUUUUCCCUCUCUACCUGUGGAUGACUUCCUGAGUAUCACACCAGCAAACUUCUGCAGAUUUCUGUCGGAUUACCACACCAUCUUUUCUCUUUCAACUCAAGAUUUAUCAUGAAGCUCUUCCUGUUGACUGUGGCAGCUCUGCUCCUGGUGGUGGGAGAGAGCACUGCAGAGAGAAUCCUGUCUAGAAGGACCAAGAGGGAGCUUGCCAGUCCGCUCCAUGUUGGAGGCAUCAGGGACCCGUAUGGCUCCUACUGCGAGAGGAGAGGAGGCUGCUGCCCCGGCAGAGACGACCUGUGCACGGUUCCCUACCUGGACACCAUCUGCUACUGUGACCUGUUCUGCAACCGGACCAUUGCUGAUUGCUGCCCUGACUUCUGGGGACAAUGUCUUGGCGUGGAGCCACCUUUCAUAGGCACCUGCGAAAGAAAUGGCAACAAGUUCUUUACGGGGCAAACAUACAAAGAGAACUGCAAUUUAUGUACAUGUGGGAUCACAGGACGCUGGGAGUGUGAGCAGAACGCCUGUCUGAUGGAGCCGGACGUUAUCCAAGCCAUUAACAGAGGCAACUAUGGAUGGAAGGCAGCCAACUACAGUCAGCUCUACGGCAUGACUCUGGACGAGGGCAUCCGCUUCCGCCUGGGCACACAGAGACCCUCCAGGACUAUUAUGAACAUGAAUGAGAUGCAGAUGAACAUGGAUCCUCAGAGUGACAGUCUGCCGCUUUACUUCAACUCAGCAGAGAAGUGGCCAGGAAAGAUUCAUGAACCGCUGGACCAGGGCAACUGUGCUGGAUCCUGGGCUUUCUCAACUGCAGCUGUGGCAUCAGACAGGAUCUCCAUCCAGUCAAUGGGUCACAUGACUCCUCAGCUGUCUCCACAAAAUAUUAUUUCCUGUGACACACGUAAUCAGGGAGGCUGUGCUGGGGGACGCAUCGAUGGAGCCUGGUGGUACCUUCGACGUAGAGGAGUGGUGACAGAAGACUGUUAUCCAUACCAACCCCCUCAGCAAACACCAGCGGAGGUGGGCCGCUGUAUGAUGCAGAGUCGCUCCGUCGGCCGAGGGAAGAGACAGUCCACACAGCGCUGCCCCAACACACACAACUACCAAAACGACAUCUACCAGUCCACACCGCCCUACAGGCUCUCAUCCAAUGAAAAGGAGAUCAUGAAGGAGAUUUCGGAUAAUGGCCCUGUGCAAGCUAUUAUGGAGGUCCAUGAGGACUUCUUUGUCUAUAAGAAUGGGAUCUAUAAACACACCGAUGUCAGCUUCACCAAACCUCCACAAUACCGCAAACACGGCACACACUCAAUCAGGAUCACUGGGUGGGGAGAGGAGAGAAACUUUGAUGGGACAUCAAAAAAAUAUUGGAUUGCUGCCAACUCCUGGGGAAAGAACUGGGGAGAGAACGGCUACUUCCGUAUCGCUCGCGGGGAGAAUGAGUGUGAGAUUGAAACAUUUGUGAUUGGUGUGUGGGGCAGAAUUACGAUGGAGGACAUGCACAGCCAUCAUCACCACCAUCGUCGCCGGCACAUUUAGAGACAUGACAGAUGUUAAAACCCCGCAGAGACCUUUGUUUUUAAUCCCAACUAUUGAUGUUUUUUACCCAAGAGAAGAACCACACAAAGAGUCUCAGAACUUUAGCACAAACCCUUAAGCAUCAAGAUGGCUGGGACAGCCUCAAAAUCAACCCCAGAGCCCCUUAACCCUCUCAAUUGAUACUUUACUUCACUUUGGAGAUCAAUUCAAACCAUUAUUCCCUUUCAUCUUUACCCAUUUUAAGAGAAUAACCUUUCUCACUCUCCCUGUAACUCAAGGUUUAUGGCACCAAAAAAACAAAGAUUAACUCAACUAAGCUAAAGCUCUUUUACGUCGCCUUACACUUAGGCUCCUCAGGUACCUACUGAUCCAAAGACCACACUUCCCAGAAUCCUCAACGUAAUAUCUGGUAAACCAUGUGAAAGUUGGGUGAUGACAAAAGCAGAAGCUCAGUCUUGACUUUUUAUUCUUCUUUGUGCUUCUUUGUCAACCCGAACCUUUAUUCUUCUCUAAAUCUAUAAUCCAGACAGACCUAAUUUCAGAGGGACGAUUUGGAAAAGAGGAUAUCCCAGAGGCAGAUUAUCAGACAUUCAGAGAGACACACCCAGCCUAACUGUGUAACAUGAUAGUAUAUCAUAGAUGACCUUACUGACAUUUACUUACUGUAAAUUAUACGGAGUUCACAGUACGGCUCAUUCCCUCAGUUUUAGAGAGGACACUUAAAUGGAGUUAGUAGCUGUAGAGUUUCUCACACAUUCCAGUUAAAAUGUAGAAUCUGACACUGGAAAAAUAAGAAGAUUUGAUGUGGUGUAUAUACAUUACAAAAACUCUGAAUUGGGAUUUUAAGAGAUAUUACAGUGUCACUGACCAUGACCAACACCACUGGACAUUUUAAAGCAAUUCAAUAUUGAAUCAGGUUAAAUCUCAGCCCUUGAGAUUAGAUAAGAUUAAACAUGUAUAAUUUGGCUGUAGGUGAAAAUGAACAUAGACAUAAAAGCCAUGCUGCCAUUCUUGACACCAACAUCCCAUUUAAAAGAUGUAACCCUGAUGCGUUAAGAGGUCGAAAAGAUUGUAAUGCCUUAAAAAAAAACGGAGCUAUUUUGACAACUGCGAAAGAAAGUGUUAGUGUAUAGUAGUCUUUAUUUUCUCCGUUCAGUGUACACUGUUACAAUUUGAGCUAAAGAACGUUAUUUUUUUGUUGCAGUUAUAUUGUAAUUUUUAUUUUACUACUUGUUUUACGAUGUACUGUAUGUAUUAACUUUCAUUACACACUCAUCACUCAGUCGCUUUUCUGCUUAAGCUUCUGCUGUUUGACCACAGCGAGGAGGACGAGGUGAGGGGGGAGAGAUACUGCUGCUAAAGUCCAGUCUGUGCUCUGGUAUUUGACUGCAGAGUGUUUAGUUUGAUGCUUCUCAUAUGUAAUAACUAAUGCAGAAACACUUCAAACCACACGGGUGCAGAUGAGCUGUUUGGCCUAAUGUUCUCGUUUUCAAUUUGUGUGUUUUUCGUAAGACAACGUAACACCUUCCAACUUAUCAGCCGUGUGCCUCUUUGCUACACUGCUUUGCGAUGUCUUUAUUUCAGGCUGAUUGAGGAAUUUUCCAAUCUUUCUGGAGCGAUCCUCACCAGAAAAGGAACGAGUGGUGCAUUAUAGCCAGUUACCUUAAAUUACAUCCUGGUGUGCUUUAGCUGUAACUUCAAAAGGAUUUUCCAUUUCUAUAUCAUCACGUCUUAUGAUCUUUAAGGUCCCUCUAUUAUCUCCUUCAGGCAUGAAUAAGCAGAAAGGCAUAAAAGCAAAGAGAGAUGUCUGGAUGGACAGUCAAUGUGCAAUGUGAUGGAUAGGUAAGCAGUUAAUUGCAUGUUUCUCAUGCAAUGAACUGAAUCUUUGCUUUCAUUCUGAAGUGAGAGAGGACGGGGGAGAUGAAUAACAGCCCAUUAACAUGAGAUGCACAACAGGUUUACAAUGAAGACGAGAAGGAAAAUGUGAAACUGAGCUCUUUGCCUGAGGGAUAAUUAUGCCAAUCUUCUGUCGGCAGAAAGAAGGAGAUAAUUAUUUUCUAUAUUUUUAUAUAUCUGUGGGCCUGUUGCUAUAGCUCCUUUACAAGAGAGAAAAUAUGGACAAAACUCACGUUGCUAGAUUGGUUUAUAUCACUGUUUUGCAGUCCUCGUUGAAAAUACACAGAUUAGAAAAACUACAGAUUAGUUUGUUUCAUUACAAUUUAUUUCCAGCAGAAGUUGGGUAACCUUUUAAUAUUUUUUUGAUGAAGAUAUUUCAUGGCCUCUUCAAGAGCAGCACCAACAUUGGAUAUGUGACUUCUGUACUUUGUGUAUCAGUGGGCUGAGAAAAGUUACUGUUUUCAUGCAGAAGCAAGUAUUGGAAGCUGACUAAAGCUGGAAUCAUUUAGUUUCCAUUGAGUAGAUUCAUCUUUUUGUCCGUUUAUUCUGCUUACAGUAUGUUGCAUUAACAGUGAUUAAGGUUUAUGUUAGCUUGGACCUAAACGAUUAUACUGAAUAAAUAGAAGAGGGCUUAUAAAAACUCUUAUAGCAUUCUAAAGUGACUGUUCAUGAACAUGUGCUAUAUUAAUUAUGAUUAUAGAUAUUUCAUAUGGGACCAAUAAUAACUAUAUCAUUAAAGACUCUGCAAAACUCAAAUCUAUUCCUUAAAAACUUUCAGCAAAAGUUUUCUCCAACACAACCUCUCCUAAAAAAAAAAAGCUUCUUUAGGAGCUGCAGCAGACUUCCACUCAGAAGUUUUGUAAUUUAUGUAAAAUGAACCACUCGAUAUUCACUGAUGUGUAGGCUUUAUUUAUGACAAGAUGUGUAAAUUAUGUACUGUACUUUUAUUCCUUGUUUUCCUGUGCAAUGUGUUAUUAUCUCUCUAUCUCAUGUAUUGUGUGCACUAAAUGCAAUACCACAUUAGUAUUCACUUUUGCAGCACAAUAAAGUCUUUCCA